AGAUUCUUUUCUUCGAAGAUGGUCUUCCUCGGUUUCCCUAUCGAUGUCGGCAUAUGAACCGAGCCUGCAUCGUUUCCAGCUAUUAAGAAAAACGUGUGAACACGGCUUAACACGCUGAGAGCACGCACUUUUCGCAAGACGUACACGCGUUGUGUCAACACUCCUCUCUCACGUCACUUUACGUCUUCCGACCGUCUAUCAACCCGGUGUCGGCGAAGAGGUCGCAAUCGCGAAGAACGACCUAGUUCCGUCAAUGGAGAUUGCAUGUACCUUCGUCGCUGCGCCGGCAACCACCAGUAGUCAACCGAUUCCUCGUUACAUGAAACGUCCAGCUACAACAUACAUAAAGAAUAUGAGGAAGGAGAAUUUCUCGAAAACAAGAUCCGCCCUCGCCUUACGCAACGCUUUAUUAAAACAUAUAAAUCCGUCACUCGCUUACCGUGGUACCUCUGGAACCACGCUCGGCCGUUCUCGGCCGUUCCGUUCUUUGACGUCGACGAGCGCCGAAGUCGAGGAAGAGGCAGCUGAUCGCACGACGAAGGUUGCUUGCUACGCUACUGUCACCGGCGAACGUGUCCCUCAAUGGGGUGGCUACACCGAGGCAUGUUUCACCUCCUCGCGACAUGCCUGACAUCAGCGAUUCGACUUACGUCAUCAUCUGAAACACGCAAAAUCCAGAAAUGAAGCUACCGAUGAUACAUUAUAAUUUUUGGAGUAAAUUGGUAGCAAUAGAAUGACGAAGGAAAGGAUGAUCUCGGAUCCCGUGGGACUCUUUUGAAGAAUCCUCAACGUAUACGGACCUGACACGACCCGCCUCCAGCUCGCGCAAGCGCACCCGGGAUGACGGAGCGGCCAGCUGUGCCGUAGGCUCUGCCAGGCUGAAUACUUCUCUACUUCUCAAUGCCCUUACUUCGUCCUAUUCCCCACCAACCCUCCCGACGACCCUAGAAACCUCGCCUCAUGUGGUUUCCACACAUAGGAGUCGCCAUCGUGUUCCUCACGUCAUCCUGCUUUGGCUAACUAGCCGCGAGCGAGCGAGCGAGCAAAAGAGGAAAAGAGGGAGAGAGAGAGGACAGAAACGAGGGGCGGUGCGUCGCGACGCAGAGUGGCGCGACGCGCGAAGAGACGACGAGACGAGACGGACCCGCUCGCUCCUCUCGGGCGGCUCGGAGCGGACAGGAGCGGAGCGGAGAGCGCAAAGCCCACACCAUACCAAAGCGCACACCACACCACCAGCUUGCACGCUCGCUCGCUCGCAAUAACUCUAAAUUCGAGGCAAGAUGGCGGCCGCAGCGACGGAGGCCCCAUCCGCGCACCUCGCGCUCGCCAUGGGCGACAAGAUCCUCGUGACCGUCGAAUCUGCGCUGUCCGACAUCCUCGUGGUGUCCUUCGUCCACGGCGCCAAGUGCUUCCAAGGUGCGCUCCUCGAUGCCGCUAAAAGAGGCCUUCCCUGCGGAGUUCAACCCCCGGAGCCGGUAUUGGACCCCGAUGGCGACAAAUUGGCGACGAUCGCUGCGCGCUUCAGCUACUUCCAGGAACGGAAGAUCGCGUCCUCGGCGUCGGCGACCGCCCUUGUCGCCAAGGUCGACCUUCGCAAGAGCAUCAAUCCGCCCGCCAGAUACAAAAACGCGAGGCCCACGGUGAGACUGAGGCCUCGUCAGGUGCUCUGUAGUAAGUGCCGGUCAAUAUGUAACGAAAACAGUGAGAAUGUCGACGUCAGCAGGAAGCGAAAACACGAAGAGGCGCAACAGCCGUCGCAGCAGUUCGUUCCGGGUUCGACGAGAAGAAGCGAUCGUCGUUGCGGUCAGCAGCCACAAAAGACACAACGGACGCUAUUAUCGGAAUGUCAGACGGAAAAUUCGACCUCCAAUCAAGCGACGACGAAGACGACAACCUCGAGUAGUACCGAUUCGUCGAAAGUGGGAGCAUCGUUGAUUCCGAAAUUGUCGAGACUGCAGCCUAAUGAGAUCAGUACCGCAAUUCAGAGCUCUGGCCAAUUAUCUGACAAAGUGAAGCUUGCAGCGAGCGCGCAAUCUACGCACUGGCCUGUUAGUAACGAGGAGGAGGCGUCUUUAAGGAACGUAUUAACGUCAUCGCAGGAGCGGGUGGAAUCGUCCGCAGACUGCGACAACAAUCCUUCAAUGGCCUAUUGCGCUACGCCGAGGAGGCUAAGCAGUUCAUCAGUGGAGAGCGCGAAAAUUCCCGAGGAGGAGGAAAAGAAGACCUUCGCAGCCGCGGACUCGACGAUGAGAUUGAGAACUGGCAGAGUGCCGAGGAAGAAACGCUCGGUGGGUUCGAUGGAGGACCUCUGGGACGAAUCUGUGUUCGAGGAUCCCACGAGGACCGCCAGGACCACGCCGGUGAUCAAGAUCUCGUUUGGCGCGCAGGGCGAAGGAACUGUGCUGAAGAUACCCGCGAAACCUCAAGAUCCUGACGCGUACGAGCAGGAGACCGACGACGCUGACGAUGCCCAACAAGAGAGGGAUCCCCUGGAAUUACCCAGAUCCUUCGGCAACGAUUACGAGGGUGAGGAGGAUGGGCAGGAACAGGUGGAUCCUCAGAAGCAGGAUGUUGUGAAGGACGCCAGCGCGAAAGCGGCGAAACGGGCUUUGAAGAAGGCGAAAAAGGAAGCUAGGAGGAAGAUGUUGGGCGGAGUGUCACCAGCAAGAUCGCCGUGUAACGGUUCGCCUAGAUACAAUCCCACGUAUGACCCGCUUUCGUACCAUCGUCGGAAACACAAGGUGAAACAUAAAAAGAAGCACAAGGAAGGUCGAAAGCACAAGAAUCAGUCGCAACAAGAACAACCGGAGUCUGAACAACCUUGCCCAGAUUCCGUGGAACGAGAGCAAGAGCAGGAACAGGAGCAGGAACAGCAACAGCAGCACCAGCAAAACUGGAACGUUUUGCCGGGCAGCGGCGAAUCCUACAGAGCUAUCAAGGAGCAGUGCCUGAAGCAGAAGCUGUCGAUAUCUUUAAAGAGGCUCAACACGAACGCGUACGCUCGCUGUGAUUACCCCGUGAGCAAUGCGUCCUCCGGCUGCAAGAGUUCCGGCGGUAGUAGCGACGAGUUGAGCGAACACGAGCCAGAGGUAGAAACCGCGCCAGACUUCCCGCCGCAUCAGUCGCAUCCUCUGGUCAUGCGUCUAGCCGCUACUCCUGUGGCACACUGCCACACGGCGAAUGGGAGACGCAUGGACGUGGGCGACGUGGUGUGGGGCAAGAUUCACGGUUUUCCCUGGUGGCCCGGCAAGGUACUAAGUAUAACAGUGUCCUGUAAAGAAGACGGAACCUCUUCGGGUCCUCAAGCUCAUGUGGCUUGGUACGGAUCGUCUACGAGUUCACUAAUGUCCUGCGAUCAACUGAGUCCCUUCCUGGAAACCUUUAAAACGCGGUACAACAAAAAGAAACGCGGCCCGUACAAGGAAGCGAUACGGCAGGCCCAGAACGAGGCUCGGAGUCAGAUCACGCCUAACUCGACUAGCAGUGUGUUGAACGUCUGUGGCUCGCCCCGUGAGGUCAACGUCCUCUCUUAAGGGAAGUCCUUCUCUGACCAUUCCUUACUGCCGAGCAUCCGUCGGCGUGAUAAUUAAAGCGCUCGCGGCAAGAAAGUACCGACUGAAAAAUAAUCGACAGGGCUCCGAACUUUUGCUUAAUUUUUCAUUUAUUUUCUUCAAACUUUACAUAUUAGUAAAGUUGUAAAGAUUUUCUUUGAUAAUUAUAUUGAGAGUAAUAUUGAGAAUUUAAUUUAUAGAUAUGAUUAAUUUAAACGCAUAUUAAAGAUUCCAAUAAGGAAUCUUUAAUUGUGAAUCUUUAAUCCGCGAUUAUUUUGAUUUUAUAAAAUGUCUGCAUUGUAGAUCUUUGACUACGGAUUUCUAAAACUGAUUUUGUUUUCACACACAUUUUCUUAUCGUAAUCAUUAUUACUGUUGACCGAAGUCCAAUGCGAUAACGCUCUAACGUCACAUGUACGAGUCAACGCUGAUUUCCCAUGAGCGCUUGCAUUAACGAUGGAUCGGAAUUGUCGUGUAACAUAUAAAAUUUUGUACAUACCCUUUAACGCUAAUGAAAUAGUAACUGAUCGAUGUUUUGUCAACCAUUUGUCUCGCGAUUAAUCGCUUGGAGCUAACAGCAUCGAUAGAUUCGAUUAAUUUUAAAUAAUUUUGAUAUAUUUUGUUGCAUGAAUUGCAACA